AAAUAAUAUAAAAAUCUUAAGCAAAUAUAUUACUAGUAAUAAUAAAAAAUAUUUAUCCUUAUCCAUUUCCAAUGUUGGGUCCUAAACUGCACUUUUGAGUGUAUAUAAAAGUAUCGCCCUCGUAAUUCUCCUCUUUAUCUAAAUCUUUGUUGAAAAUUGAAAUCACGAGAGGUUCAGUUUUGCUGUGUGAUUAAGAUGAUAAAGUCUCUACUUCUUCGUUCUUGUUCCUCUCCUUUGCUUAUCGAAGCUAAGGAUUUCAAUCGCUCAAGCGCUUCCAGGAGAGCUGUUUCAACUCUCACCUGCUCUUCUUCUUCUUCUUCGAGAAGCAGUUCUUGUAUUCCUAAGCUCGAGCCGUUUAGCCGAACUAAGCUCGAAAGAGCCGUUAAAGAACCGCCGUUGAUUGAAAAGUCCGAGAAUGAACUCGCCGAUUACUGUUCAACACUUGAAGGAGAUGAUUCUUAUAGCUGCUGGAGCGCGUACUUUGAGUUGAAAGAUUUGGAAAGAGAGUUACCAAAGGAGGAUUUAGAGAAGGUGAUUCUUCAAUCUGGUGGAGUGAAGUCCUUAAUGGGAUGCUUACAUGGAAUUUCAGCGAUGCAAAAAAAGGGGAAGAAUGGUUUUGGUUUCAUGGCACCAAUGACCAUGGAGAAAGAAAGAGACAGAUCAUGUCCAAUACCAGAUGGAUUGCCAAAAUCGAAGGAGGAGCUUGAAGAGGAAGAGAGAGCAAGAAUGCCAGAUUCACAGUAUACUAGAUUACUUCGAACAAAAGGAAGAUUUCCAGCUUGGUACUCACCUGCUCCUGACCAUGAAACGGAUUGAUAAAUAAGCUGCAAUACGUUGAAAGUUUUUCUUGAGUUGCUUCCGUGCAUAGCUGAUAUGAGUAUAUCCGGUGGAUGUAUGAGAUUUAUGAUCUGAUUGUUUCCGCCCAAGUUAUUUUCACAAAAUUAGACUUUGGUCUGUGUAAUGGGAAGUUAUUUCUGCUAGACUUUGUGAAUAUUAUUGCAGUAUUUCGGUUUCGAGAAAGCAGAAUUGUAACAUAUAUGAACUGUAUCAUAGCUUAUCCGUAGUUGUGUGGCAAUGGAUGCUCUUUUUCGAGCUCCUUACUAUUGUAAACUUCAAUAAAAACAUCCAUAUUGAUAUAAGAUCAACAGAAUAGCUUUCUCUAA